AUGUCGAAAAAAGCUGUUGGAAAAAAGCAAGAAAAAGAGAAGAAAAUCAAAGUUAACCAGGACGAGCAGCCUCUGCUCCCGUAUCCUGACGUGAAGCGUCCAACAGUCACUCAACGCCGACGGCGAAAAGCCGAAUUGGAAAAGGACAAGAAGGAAAAGGUUGCAAGCGGUUUUUAUCAGUCGCAUUCUGACCAAGACGACACUUUAGAACAAGUGGAGAGCUUGAAAAAUGAACUCACUGAGCGGAGUCAUAAGAGAUCAGCGAAAGUGGAAAAGGCACAAAGCAUCGUAGAAGUAAGCGCUAAGGAAGACGUCAAUGAUUUCUUCAAGGAAGCGGUUAAAGAAGUGAAGAAUCCAAUGCCUUCACCGAAGCAACAGGCAUAA